AUCACAAGAAAAGGUGCUAUCAAGAUCCCAGUGUGACGUAACAUCUCCAGACACUGCAAAGACGCUUUACACAGAGAGACAUCUCACUCUGACGAAUGUUUUGUUUGUCAGUAGAAACAACGAUAAAACAUAUUAUAAUCUUCUUCUCGUGAUUGUUAGUGUUUUAUUUUUAUCACUUCUAAAUAAUUAGACAUCUGAUGGUGGUUCUGCCCACACUUACACAGUUUUUUUUUAUUUUUUUUUCGUUACGGAGUGGCACCUCACUUUUCACCACACGAUCUUUCCCAGCCUCAGCAUCCUUUUCUCCGUCCGCACCGAAGAUCACAGAGACCGAGCGGCACGAGGCCCUUUAACGUGACGCACGCGACCGCGGCCGGACCUCCUCGUCGAGCGCGUGCCACGCGCUCCGUUAUGUCCUCCAGCCAUGGCCGCCGCCGCCGCUGACCGCCGCGCGCCACUCCUCUGGCUGCUUUUCAUCUCCUGCCUGGAUGGAGCGGUGAGGGCGGCGCCCUCCUCCUCCUCCUCCACCUCCUCCACCUCCUCCAGCGGGGACAAUGGCCUCACCGCCGCGCUCGGAGACACGGAUGACCCGCGGCGCGUGCCCACACCCACGAGCCAGACAGCAGGGUUCGCCCUCAAGGUCCUGGUGCGGGACCAGGUGACCCGCCAGCUGCUGCCGGGGGCCUCGGUGGGCCUUUACGUCAACCACACCAUGAAGAGUUCGGCUCAGACCGACGCGGCGGGGGCGGUCCUGCUCUGGGUCGAGUAUGACCCCGGGUCGGGCCUGACGCUGCUGGCAACCAAGGAGGGCUACGUCCCCGCCCCCCUGCCCUGGAGCACCGCGAAGAGACCCAUUUUCUCUGCGGUGACGAUGUCGCUGCUCCCUCACAGCCAAGGAAACAUCUGGCUGUUUGAAGACUCGGUGCUGAUUACCAGAAAGCUACCAGACAGUUCCUCGGAACCAAAGGUCCGCUUCCCCAAGAGCCUCGUCACACUUCCAGACGGGGGCAACCUCUCCUCGGUGGCGGCUUUCCUCACCGUACCGCAGCACCACCUGGGGAAGAACUGCGCCAACUGCACCCUGGGAAUCGCCAGCAGCAAAUCAGUGUCCAGAAGCGUCGAGCUGAAGGCGGUGGCGGCGGUCAGUGUCCUGCUGUUCUCCGAAGGCGUGGAGCUCCACGUUCGAGGGCCCAUCCAGAUCAGCCUGCCGCUGGGGGGCCACACCGCCAUACGGGCCGCGGACACCAUCCCGGCCUGGGCCUUCAACCUGAAGACGUGUGCGUGGGAGAACCACGGUCUGGGCGUGGUCAAGGCGGUUGGCGAUGAGCUGGUGUGGGUUUAUACCGCCUCCCAUUUGGGAUACUGGAUUGCAGCCCCUCACCCGUCAUCGAAAGACUAUCUUGGACAAGGAAACUCGAUGGACUUCCUCUCCUACCACACCUACUUGUUGGUGGGAAUUCUGGGAGGAACUCUGGCUGUCGUCAUUGGAUUCCUGUCUCUGCUUCUGUGUCACUGCGGAGGGACCUACAGAGAACCGAAAAGGAGGCGGAGGAGGAGGACAGCGCGGUUCUCCAAGCUCACCGUGCUGAAGAAGGACCAGACCACCUCCACGCACAUGGAGGAGGGCCUGCUCUUCCGGUCCGGAGACAACAGCCUGGCCUCCUGCAGCGUCCAGUGCGAGACGCUGUCCACGCCUCGGCACAAGGCCAGCUACAACAUCUAUGUGGAGGAUCCGGGAAGUCUCCCCGCCGGCUCUCUGUACGAUAACAUCGUACAGCAGGCGUCUCUGUACAUCAACAGCGACGAGGUGGCUCGCAUUCAGGAGAAGGCGGAGCAGAACCGGGCCAACCUGAACUCCUCGGACAACUUCUUUCAAGACAAGCUGGUUCACCUGUACAACCAGCCCGUGGCCAUCAUCCAGGCUCCGGAGCUGUUCGGCGCUCAGGAGCAGCAACUGUCGGGUUGCAAGUCGGCCACGUUUCCCAGGAACGGAGUUGACUACGACGGCCACUCGGAGCCGGUGAACAAGGACGGCUACACCCAGACGCUGCCGAAAGCGCCUCACCACCACAGCCAAGGCGGCACCGGUCCACACCAGAGCAACCCGGACGACCCCCAGCCUCUGGAGACUCCCCCGCCAGGGCAAGGCCCCAGCGCCAACAUGUGGGGGCGCUACAACAACCUCCUGGAAUCCUCUGUCUCGGUGCCGGGUACCCUGAACGAGGCGGCCGGAAUGGGGCCCUUCAGCAGUGGCCACGGCAUGUCCGCCGAGCUGCAAGGAAUUUCUGAGCGGACCCUGCUGGAGCUGGGGCGCGGGAAGACAUCGUCGUCCCACCCGCGGGCCUGGUUCGUCUCCCUGGACGGCAAGCCGGCCGCCCAGGUCCGCCACUCUAUCAUCGAGCUCCAGAGUCGGCACCGCCCGCCGAGCAGCAACGACACCAGCCUGGACUCGGGCGUGGACAUGAACGAGCCGCAGCAGAGCCUCCGGGAGACGGAGCGGGACCGGCCCUCCAUCAGGGGCACCUCCCUGCACCUCCACGGGCGAGGGGGCCGGCACGGCGAGGAGCAGGACCUCAGCAGCAGCGAGAGCGGAACCACUGCCACAUGCACGCCGGAGGACCCCUCCCUGAGGAACAUUUUUGACGGCAGCAGCGGCGCCAUCCCCAACAUUCCCGAGGAGCGGGACGGGAUGGACACGUCUAGCGCUCAGGAGGACAGCGAGUCGAGAGGUACCCCGCCUCCGAGGCGCCUGAGGAAGGUGAGGGAGAAGGUGAAGACGGACAAGAGGAGUACCAAACAUGUCCGGGAAGGUAGACCGCUGACCAAGAGAAGCUAGGAGACCAGUCCCUAAACCGCCGAAGUCCUCAGGGACUGGGAACUAACCCCGCCCUUCUAGCUUCUCGUUGCGAGAGUCCGACACUCCUGCCCUCAAUGGAUUUGCCCCCUUUUUGUCGGGCAUCGUCGACUUUGCCAAAGAGUCUAUAAGCUAGCUUAAAACAAGCAGCAUAUCCGGUUUCUACACCUUGUUCUUUCAUUCCUUCAAUCGGUCAGAUCACCAGCGAGAUUCUUCACAGCACACCCCUCCCCCACAGAGGAAAGGAAUUUUAAAAAACAGGGUGCCUUCUUAAGUCUACGGUCACAGAUCUCGGAAUGCCACCGCGCGGCAAGCUAAAUGCUAAUUCUUCAGGAAAUUCGGCAGGUGGCGAGGCGGCAGCAUUUUUGUCAUUGUCUCCAGAUUAAGAAAAAUUGUUUAAAUUUCAGAAAAGAACGAUCACUCUGUCCUCCAUGUUGUUUUUUUGACCCCGCCCAAUGAUGAUGUGGGCAGAGUCAAAGCUUGUCGGUGCAACACAAAUUUUGGAAAUGUAACCUUUGACUACAGUCAGAUUUCCCAAAAUGCCACAGCGUGACAGUAACCUAAACGCAAAUUUUUCUGUAAAUUCGGCAGGUGGCCACGCGUCAACAUUUGUAGCUCCACCCACUGAUUAUGUCAUCAACACAUCAUAGGGCUAAGCUGAGUUACCGUCACAAAUUAUUAGAUAAGGUUUGGAAAUUUAAACUGACUUUAGUCAGAUUUCCCAAAAUGCCACUGUGCGGUGGUGACCUAAAUGUACAUUUUCAACAAAUUAAAAAAGUGGCCACAAGGGGGCAUUUGUAAACGGGAGGUGGCAGUUGUUGACAUUUUUUUUUUUGCAGCUGGACAACUUUUCUCUAAAAAUAGACAUGAGUCAGUAGCUGUCCGGGAGAGUUUCAAGGUCCGGCGGUGGCAGUCCAGUGACAGGCAGGGAUGACGCCAUAACCAAAUCAGGUGACAUGGCUGAUCGCUGGCUGGCAACAGCUCUGAUUGGACGAUGUGUAAAUGCCUCUUGGCGGCCACAGUCUACAUACAUGACCACGCCAACGAUUUUCCAAACAUUCUUGAAGACGUUGCCGACGCCUCCCCAUUGCGCGGUGGCAGUUGCGUUUGUGACCGUAGCCUUACAGUUUCGAUGAACCGCCGUUUGGACGUUAAAUCUGGGAGGCCUGCAGGACGGACACAGUGCACUUAUCCUCACCAGAAAUGCCUGCCGAGAGUUUUUCCAAGUUCUCCGUCCUGGCUCGCGUGAAGGGUCGCCGCGCUGGGAGUAUUUCGGAGAGAAACCUGUUGUACAGAUAUGCUGCCGUUGGAGGCUCCAGCCUCACAGUCAAGAUUUUAUGGUCCACAAUCACUUUUGUAUGCAUGAAAAUGAAUGUUUUACCGUUUCUACACAACCAUCCUUUUCCUCGCCGGAUUUCGGCGCUACACUUAUUCUCAAUGAGACAAUUCUCAUUCUAAUGAAAAGUAAAUCACAUUCGGUUCCCUGGACACUUAAUACUUCAGUUCAGGAGAUAAACCGUAAUAGAAUCACAUACUUUAAUGUAUUAAUAACAAUAUUAUAAAGUAAGUUAGUGGCACAGCAGCAGAGAAACAUUUUAGCUUCUUGCAGAAUUUCAUUUCUCGUCAACUUUUUGGUAUCUUUACUCUACUUGUAGCUUCACUCACACUGUAGCCAAAAAGAACGGCCGUUCCGUUGAGGGUUUUGAUUUGAUUUUGAAAGGAAACGCAGGUUUCCUCAUAAACAUAUCAAGUUUAUGUAGUUACAAGUAUUUAAAACAACUUUCUUACCUUAAAAGUUAACUCAAAACAAGCAGCAUCUAAAACAUUUUUUCUCUUUAAUGCCAGAGCGUUAGGUACAGUGUUAGCUACAGUGUUAGCUAGCGUAACUCUUCAACCGUUUACGCAGUUAAUGGAUAGCAGAGAAAAGUAGCCUUACGCUGAUGAGUAACAGUACUAAAGGAUUCACGUGUUUAAUCGGCUAAUUCUGUCUCGGAGAAAAGGCGCGCCGCUAGCAUUAGGUCCAUAUUACAAGCUACAUUUUUUUUUUAAUUAAGACUUUAAAGUCAUAAAUUUAUGAGGAAAAAAAGUCAAAACUGUUAAGUUACAAGAAUAAAGUAGUAAAUAUGUGACUUAAAAAUAAACAUAAUUUCUUGAGAAAAAAGUCGUAAAUUUACAACUUAAAAUCUUGCAUUAUUUUGUCAUUUCAGGUGUUAAAAGGUUAAGAUGUUGUAGGUGUCUCAAAAUAGUCUCAUUAUAGUUUCUCAAACAAAUUGCAACUAUAUGGGGACUAGUUGGAGACAAAAACAAGAUUUUUUUGGUCCAAACUUUACUGCCGUGGUUAGUUUUGAACCUGUAAACAUUUUUUUUCGCUAGCUUUGCCCGCAGUGCAAUACAAUAGCUAGGUACGAUGAUUAGCAUACUAAUGUUGGUAAGAUUUGAUUCAAACGGACAAAGGCAAAUGUUUUCCAAUUCAGCACCCUGUAAUCAUCAAAAUGGACAGUUUUGUAAUGCUACGUUCACACCGAAAUGUAAUUCAUGAAUCAUGCCUCUGUUUUGACAAAUUCGCUGUUGGAAGAGUUUACAAAGUCCAUGAUUUUGAGCUAGCAAUCAAAGCUUUAGGACCAGUUUAUUAUUGCCUAAUACGAAUAAAAAAUAUCAUAAAGUCAUAAAGGGACUAUCAAAUUCUUCUACUCCGCCCACUGAUGAUGUCAUCAAUGGAACAUAGGCCAAAGUGGAGUUACCAAUUGAUUGACAGUACACCCAUUUUUUUUUACCAAAGUUCAGAUAUUUGAACUCUGGAAAUAUCACAAAACGCGUCACCGCUAGUCCGCCGCUAGUACAUUGACUUAAAGCAAUUGCCCUCUGUCAUGGAAAUCGCAUUUGGUGUGAAGGUAGCUUUAUAGUCACGUUACAGUUGUUUGUUUACGAAAGCUGCUGAUAUUUCUCACAAAAUAAUCCCACAUUUCUAGUUUUUAGCUUAGCUAGAAACGUAAAAUUAAGCAGCAAUACACGUAUGAAUACCGACGAAUAAGAUAGCAAUAUCUUCUUUAACUCAAACCCUUAAAAGAAUUUUACGUAGAGUCUUCCGCAGUUCCACUGAUCCACAAUCGAGUUUCCAUGAUUGUCUUUUGUGUACAUACAGAUGCGACAACUUUUGAUGGUGAAACUUUGUGCCGUUUGAUUUUGUCUAGAAAGCCUGAGCGGUUCAAAAAAAAGAAAAGAAAGUUAGUGUUGCUAGGUAGAUUUCUAGGUCGGGGGAGGGGAAUGAAGUUUCUUUGGUCAAGGAUUAAAGGUUCUUCACUCGGGGUAAGGGAAUACAAGUUCUUAAAUCAGGGAGGGGAAUAAAAACUCUUUGGUUCGGGUAUGGGAUUAAAGGUUAUUUGGUCGAAGGAGGGGAAUAAAGGGUUCUUUGGUCGGGAGAGGGGAAUUAGAGAUUAUUUGGUUGGGGGAGGGGAAUUAAAGAUUCUUUGGUCGGGGGAGGGGAAUAAAAGGUUCUUUGAAAUGUAGCAGCUGGAGAACGAUUUUGUGGUAGUUAAGAAUUCCAAAGGACGCCACUCUGGUUUUCAGAUGAAUGUAUCUGUCGUGGCUUUGGUGUAGCGUGCCCCCCCAUGUGGACUUUUCUUUCCCUUUUGCCUCUCGUGUCGCCCGGCUGUAGUAAACGUAGCGCUGUUGUUGUUGCUUUUCUGUGCACUUAAUUAAUAAAAACGUAGCCCGAAUA